AAGGGAAACCACCCUCUGACCUAGUCCUGUAGACAUGGGGAAGAUAGAGAGCAAACAACCAGCCCCGGACAUUCCCAAGAAAAUCUCAACCUGGUGGGAGAGGCUACAGAAGAAGCCACCAGCUCCAACCAUGACCAUUCCAAACAUGAACUUUAACUUCCCAACCCUGUGGGGAAGGAGAGAGAGCAAGCUACCAGACCCAGACAUACCCAGUAUAUUCUCCACUCUGUGGAGAACCCCCAACAACCCCAACGAUUUUGUCCCUCUAUUCACCGACUGUGUGGGGAUAGCUGCAGCUAGGACCCAGGAGUACCUCCUGUUCCUGGACCCAGAGGACAAGUUCCAGCCUAGCCCGUCAGCCCUCAAUGAUAUCUUUCUAAUGACCUACAUCACCCAGAGCAGCCACCUCCACAUGACCGACUCCUUCAACUGCACCACCAUGACCAAGCAGCAGCGCAUCCUCCUGGGUGCUGACUGGGUGUGGGCUGUGCUGGAGAGGCCCACCAAGAACCCCCGCAUCCAGAUCGCCGUGCAGAUCCUGCACCUGCCCGAGAGGGGGGGAGGGCCAGCCGAGGACAUUCCCCCAGAGGUAUACACUGAAUCCAUGCAGAUGGCCAAGAUGGAGUCUGCUCAUAAGAACAAGGCAGAGAGGAUGGUGGAUUUCUGUGCCUCCAUCGGUAAUGACUGCUACGCCCUCUUUCUCCUCUUUGGCCGCAAGGGCGACCCGGGCAACAUCUACGGAGUGCUGAGCAACAACUUUCACGCUGCUAUAGGGAAGACUAAGAUCAACCGUGCACUCAUUGAGAAUUUCUUUAAAGGAUCCAGGUACUUACACACACCCACUGGAAUGCUACAGGCUAUUGUCACCAAGAGAGAUUCUGACCCUUUAACUUUGCUCAUCAAGUUUACCUGACCAGUGUGAUCGAUGACAGAGCAGCCAUAUGGGACCUUUCAGAUUACUCUGUUUACUGUAGUGUUUCACAUGGGACUGUUGUGAUUGGUGGGUUUAUGCUUGCCUGGGACUUGGGGACCCAGUGUGCUGAAAUUGGCCUGUGUCCAUAUCUCAUUUGUGGACUACUGACCCAUGCCUGCUGACAGCUGCUCACACCCCUGUGGUUAGUAUUUCUGUUAGAGCUCUAUUCAAUCAGAUCCGCUUUAGCCGACAUCCACAUAGCGGUUCUUUUGGCAGUGUCGGAGAUUAAACUGUGUUAGAGCUGUCAAAUCCAAAAGCGGCUCCUGACAUUAUACCUAAAGCGAACAUUGCUAUUGGCUGCGCAGAGUCACAUUAACAGAAAUCCCAUGCAGCCUUGUUUACAAGUUGGAACACUGGAAUGUGAGAUGGAAUCUACAUCUCCAUUAAGAUGAUAGAAACCCUCAUUAUUUAGUUUAAUGAUUUUCAAUUUGAGCGUCAUUAUUUCUAUAUAGCCUACACUUUCUCCUUCUGAACUUCUAACGAAAGUGGGACGGGUGGGGCUUUGUGACAAAGAUCAAGAGCAGCUGCUCACCGAUUUGACAGCUCCAAUGCAGUUACACCUCUGACACAGCCAAAACAUCAGCUAUGCAGGUGUCAGUUAAUGCCAGUUAACGCAUGAUCUGAUUGAAUCUAGGCCUUAAUGGACUUAACACUUCACUGGCAUUGCACUUAUGUGGAAAUUCACACAAACGACCUAUCUGCUAUCACUACUCAUUGACAUUAAAACCUCUGUACAGCUUAUGUUGACAUGGAAACUAUGAUUUGCCACAAAAUAUGUUUGUAUUUUCAAGGAUGGACUUUAUGACUGAACACAUUGUGAUAGCUUCACCCAAAACCGAAUUCUAAAUUCAUUUGAUUAAGGUGGAUUAUUCUCUUAAAGUUGAGUCAAAGUAGAAAAUAACAGGAUGGGGAGUUAAAAAAUAAAUUCAUAUAUAUUUCUGGAUGUCUUGAGUUAUCUUGUUUAGAAGAGGAUUAUUUAUGUUGAGGAUUAUGCUCAGUGGUAAGUAGCAAAAUGUAAAUGAAGGGAUUUGUGUUUCAAUAUGCAGGUUUGCUAAGGCCUCAUGUUAUAUAUACACA